GAGGAGCGCCGGGGGAGGGGCGCGGGGGGAGAGGGGCACGUGAGUGGAGGGGGCGCGUCGGGGGAGGGACAUGUUGGAGGGAGGGGUCGCGUGGACGGACCACCGGGCGGGGCAGCUGGGCCUCCGGCGCCCCCUGCGGGCGGGCUAGCGGGCGAGCGGCUCCACGCAUUCCUGUCAGGUUGCUUGGCCUGAGGCUAGCCGAGCUGGUGCUGGGGGGAGGGGCUGCCGUGGUGAGGGUGUGCGUGCGCGGCGUCUCUGUCCCGGAGCGCGGCCUGUCCGACCCUCACCUCAGGGCGUGCAUGCCGUGCGGCCUGUUCUCCAGGCCUCUGUCCUUCCCUCGCGCUCCUUUGGGUGCGUGGUCCCGCAGGGUCUUCACGGAGGAAAGGUUUCUGUCUAGUCAGUUAUGCGUGAACGUCUGCGCUUCUGAAAUAAGUAUUCAUUGUUUGUUUGCAACAGGGUCCGGCUCUGUAGACCAGGCUAUCCCUGCCUGGCUUCCGUCUUCCACCUCUCAAGUGUAGGGAUUACUGUUGGGAGCCACUGGCGUCUGACUAAAUUUCAGACAAAGUCUGUUUUUCAGCAAUGCUGGAAUCAAACGAUUGCAUUUUAUCCAUGGAUUCUUUGUUUUUCAGUAGCCCAGGUGAAACUGAAAGCUUUCCAGUUGAGGAAAAAUCACUGGAUUGGUUUCUCCCUCCAGCUCCACUGAUCUCAGAAAUUCCAGAUAUUCAAGAGUUAGAGGAAGAAAUUGAAAAUUAUAAGCUAUUAGGAGAAAGAAAGAUGCCCAAUAUAUUAACAUCAAACUUGAAGAUCAUUAAUGAAGACACAAAUUGUAUUUCACCAACACAGAAAUUCCAUUUUCCCUAUAACAUACAUGAACAGGAUUACCUAAAUUUAGGAGGAUUAAAUAACAAUGACAUGUCACAUACAGCUGGCAAGCUAGUGUACGGUUCUUCUCAAAAAUAUAAAAACCACAUGGGGGAUGAGAGUCCACCGACAAAGAGUGGUCCUGGUGAUGCAAAGCUGCAUACUGCUGCUGAGGACAGAGAGGGCACAUCAGCACUCAAAACCAGAUUAUCUAGAACAUGUGGCAGUGUGCAGGAAUGUGACUAUGCUAAUGGAAAUUUAAGCUUGAAUUCUCAUAUUAGCCCAGCGAGACUCACCCAAACAAAAGUAAGCAAAGAGAAACCAUGGAACUGUAGCAAUAGAAAACAGAAACUGCAGUAUUCUACAGACAAAUCCAAAGCAAACGAUGCUUUUUCUGCUUCUGGAAUUGAAAAAGACAUAUUCGAAGCACCAUCGUUUUCUGCUGCAUCUCAGCCUCGUGACAUUCAAGGCAUAACCUCAAAUGGCUUAGGUUCGUUGAAGGCUGUCACAGAAAUCCCUGCAAAAUUUAGAAGUGUAUUCAAAGAAUUCCCUUACUUCAACUAUAUACAGUCCAAAGCCUUUGAUGAUCUUCUUUACACAGAUCGGAAUUUUGUGAUUUGUGCCCCCACUGGUUCUGGGAAAACUGUGGUGUUUGAGCUAGCAAUAACAAGAUUGUUAAUGGAAGCACCAUUGCCGUGGCUGAACAUGAAAGUUGUUUACAUGGCACCAAUAAAAGCCCUUUGUAGUCAGCGGUUUGAUGACUGGAAAGAAAAAUUUGGACCGAUAGGCUUGACCUGUAAAGAACUUACUGGAGAUACAGUAAUGGAUGACCUGUUUGAGAUUCAGCAUGCCAAUAUAAUUAUGACAACUCCAGAGAAGUGGGACAGUAUGACUAGGAAGUGGAGAGACAACUCCUUCAUCCAACUGGUUCGCCUGUUUCUCAUUGAUGAGGUGCAUGUUAUUAAAGAUGAAAACCGUGGUCCAACUCUUGAGGUUGUAGUAAGCAGAAUGAAAACUGUCCAGUCUUUAUCUAAGACCUUAGAAAACGCCAGCCCUGCUCCAGUGAGGUUUGUAGCUGUAUCAGCAACAAUUCCCAAUGCUGAGGAUAUCGCAGAAUGGCUUUCAGAUGGGGAGAGACCUGCUGUGUGUCUGAAAAUGGAUGAGAGCCACAGACCUGUGAAACUUCAGAAAGUGGUCCUGGGUUUCCCCAGUAGUAGUAACCAAACUGAAUUCAAGUUUGAUUUAGCCCUCAACUAUAAAGUGUACAGUGUUAUACGAACGUACUCCGAUCAGAAGCCCACACUCGUGUUUUGUGCAACGAGGAAAGGUGUGCAGCAGGCUGCUUCUGUUCUUGUGAAGGACGCUAAGUUUAUCAUCACCGUGGAGCAGAAACUACGGUUGCAGAAGUCUGCAUAUUCUAUAAGGGAUUCAAAGCUAAAAGAUACCUUGGUGUACGGUGUUGGUUACCAUCAUGCUGGAAUGGAGCUGUCAGAUAGAAAAUUGGUUGAAGAGUUGUUUACUUCUGGAGAUCUACCAGUUCUUUUUACUACAAGUACUCUAGCUAUGGGAGUGAACUUGCCGGCUCACCUGGUCGUUAUAAAGUCCACCAUGCACUACACUGGAGGUGCCUUUGAAGAGUACAGCGAGACAGACAUCCUGCAGAUGAUUGGAAGAGCUGGCAGGCCCCAGUUUGACACCACAGCUACUGCAGUUAUUAUGACCCGACUAAGUACAAGAGAGAAGUACGUUCAGAUGCUAGCUUGUAAUGACACUGUGGAAAGCAGUUUGCACAGACAUCUUAUUGAGCACCUGAACGCAGAGAUAGUGCUGCACACCAUCACAGAUGUGAGCAUCGCCCUGGACUGGAUCCGGUCCACACUGCUGUAUAUCAGAGCUCUGAAAAACCCAUCUCACUAUGGUUUUAUAUCUGGAUUGAACAAAGAUGGAAUUGAAGCAAAAUUACAAGAGUUAUGUUUGAAGAAUCUGAAAGAUUUAUCAUCGCUAGACCUAAUAAAGAUGGAUGAAGACCUUAAUUUCAGAUCAACAGAGGCAGGAAGACUAAUGGCAUGGUAUUAUAUUACAUUUGAGACAGUGAAGAAAUUUUGUGCAAUCAGUGGAAAAGAAACUUUAUCAGAUUUGAUUUCAAUGAUAUCCAGCUGCAGUGAGUUUCUAGAUGUGCAGCUGAGGAUAAGCGAAAAGAGAACACUGAACACACUAAACAAAGACCCAAACCGGAUAACCAUCAGAUUUCCAAUGGAGGGGAGAAUUAAAACCAGAGAGAUGAAAGUAAACUGUCUUAUUCAGGCUCAGCUAGGAUGCAUCCCUAUACAAGAUUUUGCUUUGACACAAGAUACCUCGAAGAUUUUCAGAAAUGGCUCACGAAUUGCAAAAUGGUUGUCAGAUUUUGUGACUGCUCAGGAACAGAAGUUUGCUGUGCUUUUAAACAGUGUGAUUUUAGCUAAAUGUUUUAAGUGUAAACUCUGGGAAAACUCUCAACAUGUUUCAAAACAGCUGGAUAAAAUUGGCAUAUCAUUGUCAAAUACCAUGGUAAAUGCAGGCUUGACGUCUUUUAAAAAAAUAGAAGAAGCAAAUGCGAGAGAACUUGAACUGAUUUUAAAUAGACACCCGCCAUUCGGGACCCAGAUAAAGGAAGCUGUGAUGUAUCUGCCAAAGUAUGAACUUGAGGCAGAGCAGAUUGCAAGAUAUAGUGAUACCAAGGCAGAAAUACUGGUGACCAUUAUAUUAAGAAACUUUGAGCAGCUGCAGACCAAAAGAACAGCGCCAGACUUUCACUAUGCCACCUUAAUCAUAGGUGAUGCAGAUAACCAAGUCGUUUGUAAGCACAAAAUUAUGGAUUCUGUCUUGUUAAAAAGUGGAAAUUGGGUUAAAAAAAUUGAUGUGAAGAGAGCUCUUAUAUCAGAAGAUCUCAGCAUAAAUCUAAUUAGCUCUGAUUAUGUUGGUCUUGAUAUUCACCAGAAAUUUACAGUCUUUUAUUUAGGACCCAGGAAGUUUGUAAAUCAAACAGUUACGGAAAGAAGCUCAGGAACAGGUCUUUCUCAUUCCGAAUGCUCAGACAGAGCUACUGCAGCAGGAUCCAGUAAAAGAACGGCUACCUGCAGAAACCCUGGGAACCGAGAAUGCCAUCAUCACUGUAAAAAUAAGCACAUAUGUGGGCAUGACUGCUGUAAAAUUGGAGUUGCACAAAAGCCAGAAGCUAAAGUGUCAGCAGUGUCCUCAUAUCUGUCUGACCUAAAAAGCAGAGAUGCUGUUUCUUCUUUUCCCCCAGCUAAGCGACUCAAGAUACAGAUGAACAAAUCUCAAAAUGUGGACCUUAAAGAAUUUGGUUUUGUUCCAAGGCCUUCCCUUUCCAGUAUAGCAAGGUCAGAAUAUUUAAACAUCCAUAAAUUGCCAAUAUUAGAACAGAGGACUCAGCAUGAGAUCUAUGGCGAAGUUGAAGAGGGAGCGUCUGAAUGCCGAGACGAAGCAGACUUUCCCGGAUGGGACUAUUGUGCAGCUUCAAACAAAAGGACCCCAGUGAUGCUCAGCAGACAUGCUAACACACCUGGAAACCACGGUGUCGCAGUUGCAGAGAAGAGCAAGUCUUCAGACGGCCCACAUGUGAACUCAGAGCUGGGAGAUGAAGUUUGGGAUGACUUUGAUGAUGAAAGCUUAAUAGAAGUUAUGAGCUUUUCAGCUGACGCCGAGGAGAUGGCUGUGUCAGGGUUUGGAGACACUCGUGAUUCAAGUCUAGGCAGAAGUAAGCUACACUUCGGAAGAUCAAGCAGCAGGUUCCAAAGAGACAUCUCAAACAGUUUUGUUUCAUCACCCGAGAAGCCAGAUGUUUGUUUGUCAGAUUGUUCCGUGUCUAAUUUCGGGCUGUCCUCUGUGGCAGAGUUCCCUCAACAAGCUGGAAAUGCAAGUCUUGUCAAUUUACAAGAGAGAAAACAGCUGACCCUCUCACCAGUGAUUGAGAGGAUGUGCUUUACCCACUCUGAGAAAAUACCACAGUCUCCCAGUUUUAAGGAAGUGGAUAUUUUUAUUGGAAACAGUGACUCUAAAAAGGAAAUUGAUCUUAGUAAGUAUUAUCCUGAUGAUGCAGCCGAGGAAAUGAAGGCCCUUCUGGGAAUAUUUAAUGGCAUUUUCUAAAGAUAAAAAAUACAGUUAAUAAGGCAAAGUAUGAAUAUGUGUUAUGACUAAAAAUGCUUUUUAUUUGUAAAGAUAAUUGGUAAUUGUUCAGAAUUUUUCUCUUAAGUUUGAUUCAUUCUUUGACUUUGUUAUUAUAAAAUAUAUGGACUGAUACAUUUUUUAUUGUAACUUCUGAAAGAAUGGUUUUGUAUCAGUAAACUGAUAAUUUAUCAUCAUAAAUAAUUUGUUAUUAAACCAAUUUUAAUAGAAACUUAUACUUCAUUUUUAUAUUUUCUUGAGAAAGCAAAGCAAUGCUGUGAGUGGACCUGUGUAGUGGCUGUGUAUUUUUUGAUGUUCUUGUGUCUGUUCUGUUGCUUGCUCGUCUGGAUUGUCAAGAAUCCAGUAGCCUUUGAAUCUGUUCUUUCACUUCGAGCGGUAACAAAUGAAAUGCUAAUCGGUGUGGGUUGUUGUUUUAUUUACAUUGUCUUUCUUUUUUAAGUGUUUUCCUUACUUAUAUGUAUGUGUGUGAUCCUACAUGAGUUCAUUUCUUCCAUGUGAGUCACAGAAGCCAGAGGAGUGUAUCGCAUGCCCUAGAACUGGAGAUGCAGGUGGUGGUGAGCUGUCUGUUGGUGCUGGGAACUGAACCUGGAUCCUCAGCAAGGGCAGGAAGUGCUCUUAACCAUUGAGCCAUCUCUCCAGCCAUAGUUACCUUACCUUCCAGUGGCAUGAGGUCUGUUGAUACCUUUACUAUAACCAAAAGGUAUUUUCUAUUUUUGCCGUAAGUCUUAUCUCAAGUCUAUGUAUUGAGGAGUAGGAGUUUAGGCUCAUUUCUAAUUUACUGUGCGAGUAAUAGCUGAAGUCGAAACAACUUAGACACUUUAGAAUAAUGGUGUUCCUUUAAGCCUAAAACAUGGAAGCCGGAGAGAAACGAAGAGGCACUCGUGCUGAACGACUGUGUCAUUACUCCCCAGCAUCAUUAGGAGUAUGUACCACACUUCCAUCAAAUGCUUAGAGCAAAGCUAAGAAUCCUGUCGCCUGGUAAGGACAGCCCUGCCUGGCUUUAUGAUUUGUGUCUGUGCCUGGAUCCACCACACAACCAUUAAAGGUUCUUCAGAUCCGGUAAAGUGAGAAGCUGAUGCACUAAAAUUUGUUUAUCUUUAACCUUGGCACUGCAGAAGGACGAGUUGAGUUCAGUGUGACCUGUUAAGUGAAAAGCACUGUUUGGUGCUGCGGGUGACAAGACUACCGUCUCUGUUCUUACAGUGUUAGAAGCUGGUAAGCCAAUAAGAAAUGUAGUGAAGCUCUAGCUAAAGUCAUUCACCGUGCAGCCGUGUUAAUUGUUUGAUUACUAGUGAGUAUAAAAGUUAUGUUUAUAUUAUAUAGCCUCGUAUAUGCAACAAUAUUAAUAUUUUAAAACACUAUGUGUAUAUCUUUAAAAUAGUCUAUUGCUAAAAUAUGCUAACAGUCAUCCGAACUGUUGGAAAAUGGCACCAAUAAACUGCUCCUGUAGGGCUCGUGAUCUACAGCCUCUACGCAGUGCAUAUCUGCAAAGGACAGUGAAUGGAAGGAUAUAGGUAAAGUGUGCCCGCAGAGCAGUGUGCAGGACACACUGUACCCGUAGACGCAGUGCGGGGAUAGGGGCACACUGCACCCACAGAGGUGGUGCCCUGGAGGGAGGUGCGCAGAGCACACUGCAGCAGUGCCCUGAAUCAGCUGAGCCUGCUCUGGACCACACUCAGAGCUUCUCACGUAGGGCUGGAGCGUCCCUCACAGACCCUGUGCUGUGGGCUCAGGCUCCACACUGUAAGCACAGUGUUAAAAACUCUGCGAUAUGGUCUCAGCUGCACAGUUAAGAUGGCCUUCAGAGAGAAGUUAAAACCUGACCCUUAGGAUGAAUAACACUUUGUUGAGGAAAAACGUAAGAAAUGGACAUUCUAGAAGAGGUACUAGCUGAGAAGAGACCCAAGGAGAAAAGCAUCUAUCUGGGAAAUAAUGAGCAGAUGGCUUUAACAUAGGUUAGUAUGAUUUUAACAUAGGCUAGUAUGAUUUUAACAUAGGUUAGUAUGGUUUUAACAUAGGCUAGUAUGAUUUUAACAUAGGUUAGUAUGGUUUUAACAUAGGUUAAUAUGAUUUUUAACAUGCUAUUAUGAUUUUUAUGUCUUGCACCCACAAACAGCUCACCACCACCUGCAUCUCCAGUUCUAGGGCAUGCGAUACACUCCUCUGGCUUCUGUGAGCUCCUGCACUCACACAGAAGAAAUGAACUCGUGUAGGAUCACACACAUACAUAUAAGUAAGGAAAACACUUAAAAAAGAAAGACAAUGUAAAUAAAACAACACCCCACAGAUAGGUCGAUAGGAUUUUUAACAUAGGUUAAUGCUGUAGAGGUUUAGAAUGUAACUUAAUGCCAGACUGUGAAGAUCUUGAAGUGAAAGCCAAACUUUAAUUAGCAGACUAAUGUUUCUCAAAUUUGCACUAUCAUAAAAAUAUGGGCAGUAUAUUAAAUAUACGAACUCCUGGACCUUAGAAACCACUCUUUGAGAACCCCUAGCCUAGGGUCACCGGGGUCAUAUUCACCUGUGGAACUGUAGAUUCUAACUGGUGUCUGCAUUUAAGAACACUUACUUUUGUGGGAAUUUAAAAGAUUAGGGCAUGAAGAGGUUAGGGCACAUAAGAGUGAGGCUUAGUAUCAUACAAAGUAACCAAGCUGGGAACCUCACCUAGGCGUUGGUCAGCUAGUUGGACAAAGCAACCAUCCUUCAAGGCCUUGCUUCUCAUGCAGAUAGAGAGACAAGGAUACGGAGGCCAGAGCAGUCAGAGUCAGAAUCGGUGCUGACAAGGUUCCUGGUGACUAUACAUAUUAAAGUAUGAGGAACUCUUAUAUGGCAGAAAGGGAAGGAAGCAAUUGCAGAAUGUUAGAUACUCCACUCCAGAAGACAUAUGUGAGUGAUGACUUCCUGUUUUCUGCGUGUUGUGUACUUCGUUGUCACUGUCAUUUUGAGGCAGGGUCUCACUGUGUUGUUCUGGUUUACCUGAACCUCACUCUGUAGACCAGGCUGGCCUUGCACUCAGAGAUCCAGCUGCCUCUGCCUCCCUAGUGCUGAGAUUAAAGGCUGCACCACUGUGUCCUGCAUACGCUUCCUACUUAUAAUGAUUGAGCUUUUUAAAUUGUCUUUCAGAGUAGGUAUUCUUCACCAGCGGUGUAAUUGUAUUUAUAAUUCUCAUUCAUCAACUAGGUAUGUAGCUUGAGGGGUACUCUGAGUUCUAGAGGACUCUAGAGUUCUGUUUUAAUUAACAUAAUACAAGUAAAUAAUUCAGAAGAGUCGUCUUUGUUUCUGUUUGAGAGCCUUUCCCUAGCCUAAUAUAUCCCUUAAAGAGCCUUACAUAUUUCAGCGAAAUUCCACAGAAACAAGCAAGAGCCUCGUCCUUUCAUUCCAAACGACUUAGAAAAUGUACAUAGCUUGCAUUUGCACACACAUGUUACAGCUAUAAAAAUUCGUGUUUAAUAAAAGGAAUGGGGAGGGGGUAGAGAGAUGGCUCGGCCAUUAAAUGCACUGGCUUCUCUUCCAGGGGACCUGGAUCUUGUUCCCAGUUCACAGCCACCUAUGACUCCAAUUUCAGUGGCUCUCUGGCCUCUGUAGGCACACAUGAGAUAGUCAGACAUAUGUGCAGGCAAAACUCAAGCACAUAAAAUAAUGAUUUCUAAUAAUAAAAAGGAAUUGCAAUUAAGUUGAUGUUAUCUCUGUAUGAUAGUAAAUGGAGUCAGUUCUUUAGGAACUGCACAUAAAAUAAAGUCAUUGGGUUUGGGCUUUUUAUUUGUUUUAUGAGCUUCUUUAAUGAUCGGUUUGGAAACUGGACACCUUCUACAGGUUAGAACUUCACCUCUACAUAUACCCUGGGGUUUAAUCCAGGGCUUACACCUCCCAGAAGAGUUCUGCCCACUGAGCUAUGUCACCAGCCCAAAUGAUUUUACUACAGCUGUUUAGUUUUUAAAAAGCUAUCAAAAAUUUAAACAACUGAUUUCCAAUUAGUUUGCUUAUAAAAAUAUUUGUAUUCUUUCUGUCACUGCCUAGAAACCCUAGGUCAAAGGUUUAGUUUAGGUUUAAAAAACAAAAAAGUAAAUCCUUCAGACACUAAAUUAUUUGUCCCUGAAUUGUCAGCAAAUAUCUGGUAGGCCCAAAACUGGAACCCAGGUUGGUUCUGAAUGAAAAAGAGAAGUAAAAGGAAAGAUAGGACUGUUCAUAGGUAUGGUGGAGAAGAAAGUUAACUGUAGAUGGGAGAGAGUAGGCAGAGGCAGACGCAUUUGAGAAAGUCCAAGUGAGCGUGAAGACCUAGAGAGAGAAAGAGAGGGGGAAGGAGGGGAGAGAGGGGAAAGAGGAGCAGCAGCCAGGAGGCCAAAGGCACAAAGAAGGAAUGGGCAACCAAAAUGGUUGCAUAUAUAGGGGAAAGCACCCAGCCCCCCACCCCUGCAGUGGAGAGCUUUUAAAGUAGGGGACAGAGCAUGCAAGCCAGGAGGACCCUGAACAGGUAGGGACUGAAAGAUGCUGGGAGAACCUAGUGGCCAGGUUCACUUCGAUAUGUUAAACUUCAGCCAGCGUGGGCUGGACAGAUAGCUCAGAAGUUAAGAGCACUGACUGCUCUUCAAAGGUCCUGAGUUCAAUUCCUAGCAACCACAUGGUGGCUCACAACCAUCUGUAAUGAGAUCUGAUGCCCUCCCUCUUCUAGUGUGUCUGAAGACAGCUACAGUGUACUCAUAUACAUAAAAUAAAUAAAUAAAUCUUUAAAAAAAAAUUCAGCCGGGUUGGGGAUUUAGCUCAGUGGUAGAGUGCUUGCCUAGCAAGCGCAAGGCCCUGGGUUCGGUCCCCAGCUCCGAAAAAAAAGAAAAGAAAAAAAAAAUUCAGCCAACUUCAGUUCCUAACACUAAAGCUUGUAGCUCAGAGCUCAGACUUACAAACUUGGUCUGAAAUGUGAACUGAACCCAGCUGCCCUCGUUGUCUUUAAAGGUGUGAAGGAACUAUGUUCUAGCUGUGAACUGUACCAUCAUUUCUACACACAGCUUUCUGUAACCCAAGCUGUGCUUAACCCAAGCUGUCCUUACAGCUUUGAGAUUCAGAUAUCUAUUGGGUAUAAGCAUUUGCAUAUUCAAAUGGACUUGUGGUGCUUUAUUGUUUAAAAAGAGACAGAUACCUUACCCUUCGUUUAGUCAGUAAAGUACUAAACAGCUGCUAUUUACCAGGUAGACAAAGCUGGGACUCAGCCAACCAGAACUUAUCGGGGCUGUCUCAAAAACCAUUAGUGUGUCAAACAUCACUUAAGGGACAGUCCAGGCUGGGCUGACUAUCUUAAUGACAGAGUUUGUGUAUUAGGGUUUGGAGUGGGUGCCUGGGUCACGUGGAGGCCAAAUGACAUUUAUAACCAAGAUGGCUAUACGUAUGUCAAGCUGGAUCCCUGCAAAGUCCUAGAAAGAUGACUAUGUUUCUGUUCUAGAUACUGUGUAAGAGUUAUAAUGUCCAGACUUCUUAAGAAGGCACCAUAUAGACAUGGCCAGGUAUCAUCAUCAUCAUCAUCAUCAUCAUCAUCAUCAUCAUCAUCAUCAUCAUCAUCACAAUGUUCUGCCUGAUGUACGCUUGCAGGACAGAAGAGGGCAUCAGAUCCCACUACGGAUGGUUGUGAGCCACCAUGUGGUUGCUGGGAAUUGAACUCAGGACCUCUGGAAGAGCAACCUGUGCUCUUAACCACUGAGCCUUCUUUCCAGCUCAACACACUCAGUGCUAAAUGGAAUUUUUUUUCACUAAAACCCUCCCCUCAAGGCUCAGGGAUCUGUGCAGAAGAGGAGGCAGAAAUACUGUAAGAGCCAGAGGUGACAGUUGGUGUUUCCAAGGAAACGGUGUCUUCAAGACACAACAGCACUGAACAUGGCCAGUUGCUUACAAAUAGUAAAGCUCUGUAUUCUUUGAACAAAUGGAGGAGCAUCAGGAGACAGUAAACAGAUAUUAUCUUGCUGGAUGUUCCACUGCUGGAGGACUCAAGUGGGAUAAAAAGAGAUACAGAGACUAAUUCUCUGAGGAUACAUUCUCUUCAGCACCCAGGGGAAGUAACCACAUACAUUGUCUCAUAACAACACCACUCUUUCUGAUAACCUGCAAAGAGAGUCAGCAUGACGAGAAGCCAAGCCUAGGAGCAGACUAUUCUGAUUCUCUUGGUGAUACGAUCAGCUAACGGAGGGCUGUGUGCCCAGAGACCUCCUUCACGUCAGUCUGUCAGCGGCAGGAAUGGCCGUCCUUCGAAUCACCAAGGAAGUUUUGUUUCAUUCUUUACACAUGUGUGCGCACGCGCAGGCAUGUAUACAUACAUGGGACCAAAGGGCAUCAAGUGCCAUUCCCUAUGAGCCACCAUUUCCUUGUUUAAAGGAUUGUAUUUAUUUGUGUGUGCACUGGUGGGUCUCGUGCAUGCGUGUCAGUGUAGGAGUCAGAGCCCCUGGACUGCAAUUGCAGACAGCUGUGAGGCUGCCGUGCGGUUGCUGGGAAUUGAACCCCAGUCCUCUGGCAGAGCAGACGGUGCUCUUAACCGCUAAGCCAUCUCUCCAGUACUUUUUAAAUUUGAAAGACAGGCUUCUAACUAGCCUAGAACUUACCAAAUAGGCUAGGCUUGAUGGCCACUAGGCCCAGGGGUCCUCCCGUUAGCAUCUCCAGUGAGAGUCUUAAUUCCUGUUUUUGCUGUUGUUGUAAUUAAAAUAUAAUUUGAUCAUUUCCCUCCAUUCCUUUUUCUUCUUCCUCCCCCAUACCUGCCUUUAUUCCUUCCCCCAAA